AUGCAUUUUGCAAUUAAAUAUAACAACGACAAACAAACACUCGCACAAAUUAAACAAGACCCACCCUUCUCCAGUUCUCCUCCUCCUUUACUUUCCCCAAUCUCAAUCCUCUUUCACUCUUCUGUCUUCACAAUGGACUCGCCGGAUUUCCCCACCGGCAAAUCUCCCCGAUCACUCCAAGGUCCCCGUCCUGCUCCUCUUCGAGUCCACAAAGAUUCCCACAAGAUCAGAAAACCGCCGGUGGCUCCACAGUCACACCACCAACAACCGCAACACCAACUAAACCAGCAGCAGCAACACCGGCCACCGGUCAUCAUCUACACAGUUUCCCCUAAGGUAAUCCACACAAACCCAAAUGAAUUCAUGACUUUAGUCCAACGUUUGACCGGCCCAUCUGCUUCAUCCCCUGUCGGCUCAUCUUUCUCCGCUUUUCAAGACGACGGCGGGGCUGUGUCGCCGGCGGCCAGAUUCGCAUCUAUAGAAAAAGCUGCGAAGUCACCGGAUGGAAGAAAAGUAACACAGAACGGUGAUUUAGGGACGGUGGAAGGACUGGAGAUGGGGUAUUUCCCCGGAAUAUUGUCGCCGGCGCCGGGAUCAUUACCACCGAUCCCACCGAAUUUUUUCUCACCAUUAACAAACGAUUUUUUUCAUGAUUUAAGCCCUGUUAUAAAUAGCAAUAGAAAUUUUAGUUACAUGGAGGGCAACAAUUGGAUGCCAAGCCCUACAAAUCUUCUAUCUUCACAUAUAAUUUCACCCACCACUCCAAACUUGGAUCUUUUCCAUAGCUUAUUUGACUUGUAA